AGUACAAGAAUAAGGUCAGCGAAGACUUAAAUGGAUUUCUGAAGGUGACAAAAGGAAGAAAAAUGGAGACAGAGACCAUUUUAAGUCUUAGACACCAACUCAAGGAAGCAGAGAAUGAGCGAAGAAAGGCAGCACAAUAUGGCUUGCAUUUAUUGGAGUCUCAAAGUGAAGUUCAAAAUCAGCUGGAUCAAACACGCCGUGAAUUGACUGAGAAAACUGAGAUAUUUGAACAAGAGAAAUACUCUCUUCAGAGAGAAAUUGAACUCAAGAAUCGAAUGUUGGAAAGCUUGAGUUUUGAAUGCGAUUCCCUUAAGCAACAGCAAAACAUGCAACUGGAUACACAGAAAGAGCAGCUCACCAGAGUCUACGGACAAGAAAUCAGUGACCUUAAAAACAAGCUGGAGAACCUGAAAGCAGAACUAGAUGAAACGCGACUAUCGGAGAAACAAUUGAGACACAAAGUGGAUCAUCAGAAGGAAAUAAUUGCCGCCAAGUCAGAAGAACUACGUAUGAUGUCUGAACGUGUACAUGAGACCAUGUCUUCAGAAAUGCUCAAUCUUCAGAUAGAACUCACUGAACUAGAAAGUGUGAAGGCCAAUGUUGAAGAAAAGCUGAAUGAACUGCAGUACAGUAAAGAACAAUUAGAACUCAUAAACAGUAACUUACGUAAUCAGCUGGAGCGCCUACAGGGAGAAAAAGAAGAGAGGGAAAAAGAAGUUGUUUCUUACUGUAAUGCAUUAGAGAAAGCUCGUGAAGCUAAUCAGGAUCUUCAGGUUCAGCUGGAUCACGCAGUGCAGCAAUCUUUGGACCCUACAAGUAAAGGCAAUUCUCUCUUUGCUGAGGUGGAGGACCGUAGGGCAGAAAUGGAACGACAGCUGAUCAGUGUGAAAGUAAAAUAUCAGUCACUACAAAAACAGCAUGCAUUCACUAGAGAACAAUUGCAAAGAAUGAAGCUGCAAAUGGCUACACUGCUACAGAUUAAAGGCUCUCAGGCAGAAUUUGAGCAGCUGGAACGCUUACAGUCGAUGUUAGAACAAAAGAAUGGUGAGAUAGAAGAUCUUCUUAUGAAAGUGAGACAGUUAGAAAAAUUUAAGACUUUAUAUGAGAGUAUGGAAGAAUCCAGAGCUAGUACUGGCUCAAAAGGAGGAGAGUCUGAAGAUGGUUACUAUGCCGAUUUACUGCAAAUGAAACUUGACAACUCAAACAAGGAAACGGAAACCUUGAAAAAUGAACUGUCCCUGCAGAGGAUGAAAGCCCUGUAUGAGAGCCAAAGGGUUCUGGAGGUUGAAAGGAAACUCUUCACAAAUGAGAGGCAUUUGCAAGCUUGUCAGAGUGAGAAUAUGAACUUGCGAGUUAUGCUGGAUGAGCUAAAAAUGAAAUACGAACCUGAAGAAUUACUUAAAGGUACUAAAAAUAAAAAGAAGAGGGAGAAGAUUCCAGUGGACACUACUUGUGAGUACUUGGACAGCAAAAAUACUUCAGUAAAAGAAGCUGCUUUCACUCGAUUGCCAAGUAAGGAAGAAACAAAGAUGACUUCCAAGAACUUGAAGCAAAGUGACGCUUCUCCAAAAAAACACACUCUUGAAGCACCACCAAUAAAUACAGCUCUUCAAGCGAUGCAAACUGCAGCUGAACCUGAAAGAGAAAGGAAGAGAGUUAAAACUGAAGAUGAGAAUCAUGAUGCCUUUGCUUCGUGUAGCAGGAGUGGAAGUAAUUCCUUGACUGCAGCUGCCCCCAGGUUAACAGCUGAAUCGAGAUUUGAAGCUACGCAAAAAGAAGAUCAGAAAGAGAAUAAAAUCAUUAUUGAGAAGAAAACACACACGAAAAAAUACACGACACUGUAUGUAUCUUCUAAGCCGACGUCUGAAACGCAAUGUGCUCAGCAAUAA